AUGUCGCAACCGCCAGUAGCAAGUGUUUCUUUCGAAGACACUAGCACUCAUCCUCCUACAAGAGGCGGUUUUUACAUCAGGCCAAACCAGACAGUCAGAAUUGGUCGUGACACGGACCGAGACAAUAAUGACGUUGUUUUUGCCGAUUUCACGGUCUCAAGAAACCACUUUGAGCUGUAUUCCAUCACUGUUGACGAAGAAGGUCGCCAUACACCACUUGUGUUUGUGCGAGAUCGGCAGUCUUCCAACGGAACUCUGCUCAACAAAAAGUGUGUUGGAAAGAAGCCAGACAUCACUCCGGGAAGACUACUCCAGAACGGGGAUGUCAUCUCUAUCCAUCCUUACAUCACUUUCAAGUUCUUCCAGCUCGAGGAGGGAACUUCGUUUCUAUGUCUCACUGCACGCCAACGAGAGGAACUCAAGCUCCUUGAGGACCGGUAUCUAGUGAAAGAUCGCACGUUAGGAGAUGGUGCUCAUGCUGCUGUCUACCUUGCCACAGAUGUCUUGACUGGGCAGCAGUUGGCUUGCAAAGUGCACAACCUGGAUAGACGACCCCGGUCGCACCAGAUACUCCGUCGGAUCAAACAGGAGGCAAUGCUGUUGAGCUAUCUUGAUCACCCAAACAUUCUUUCCAUCAAGGCCGCCUUUGAAUCAAAGCAUUCUGUGUACAUCUUCACGGAGCUGGCAACUGGUGGCGAUCUCUUCUCACUUCUAUCACGCGAGGGGACACUCCCCGAGCUAGAGAUACGAUGGAUUAUACGCCAAAUCCUCAAUGCUGUUGACUACAUUCACAAGAAGGGCGUUGCGCAUCGAGACAUCAAGCCAGAGAACAUUCUCUGUGCCAUAGCGCCCAAUGUCUCCUACAGGCUUGUUCUCUCCGACUUUGGGGACUCUGCUCUCACGAACCGUGGAAGGUUGAAGUCCGAGGUUGGAACAACAUUCUAUCGAGCACCUGAAUGCUAUAACUCCGAGAGAGGUCACUCACUGUCUGUCGACAUCUGGUCUAUUGGGAUGCUUUGCCUUCAGCUUUUCUCUGGAUUCCAAGAACUCCCGAACCUUCGUCAUCUCGACUUCACCAGCCAAGACAGAAUUGACCGUUAUCUCAACAUCAUCUUUGAUGACCACAGCCGUGACGCUGCUGUUCAAGAUAGCGAUGAAGACGACCCCGUAGACCCUCAAACCUCCCGCCUCCGUCCAGAUGAAGACAUCUCAAACGAUGCACAGGACUUCAUUCGCGGAUGUCUCAUCUACAACAGCAAGCACCGGCUCACGGCGCGCCAAGCUCUUGCUCAUCGCUGGAUGUGCGAGCCGGAGGAGGAUAACCGACUCUUUAGGGGUCUUGAGCGCGACAAUGCGGCUUCAUGGGAACCCAGGAAGAUUCGGCUCGCUCCUUUCAUCGAGAAGAUCGGUGCUGUGACAGAUGCCCGUGAUUGCGAUGGAGAACAAGAACUAGGUACGAUGGCAGAACUCGUGGAGGAGGAAGACGAAGACGUCGGUGCUAAGAUAUCGCCGCAUUUUCAAAGGAACCCAACCCCCUCCCCUUCCUCCCGUCCACUGUCAUCAGCCCAUCAACGACAGGGAGAUAGGAACACAGAUCACCCACUAAGCAGCAACGGUCCGUCUUCUCCUCCGUUGACAAUCCGAAUCCGGCAGAUGAGCCGAAGACCGCAACGCCAGCCAGGUCUGUGGGUAGACUCUGAACCCUCCUCCGAGGAAGAAGGAGGAGCAGGCGACGAUAUGACAACGCAUCGUCCCCCUUUGCCCUCAUUCACAUUUACUCCACCAUCACCAGACUUGCCAGAACUUUCUUCUUCGCCCUUGACGCCAUCGUCGCAAGGAUCAGUUAUCCUCGGUGAAUUGAACAGCAACGAGCAUGGCGACGAACGUUCUAUGGGAGAUGCCUCAAUGAUUGAACCGCCCACAACCGCAUCAAAUUUGGCUCAUCUGCGAGAAGCAGAGAAACGACGGAACGAGUUCAAGUUGAGUGAGUGUAAGAGACGGAGGACUUGUCCUGUCUGA